GUUUAUUUAUUUUUGUUUCAAGUUUAUUUUACUACUUCACCAAGUUUAUUUUCUUUAUCACCCAAGUUUUUCUGCAAGUUUUCAUUGCGUCGCAACAAUUGCGAAGCCACGACAUUUGCGCACUAAAGCAAAAACAAAAAAAUUUUUUAAAUAUUAUUUAAUUUUAAAUGAUUCGAAAAAUUAGCAAUAUUGUUGUUGGGCGUUUUGGAAAUUCGCCAGAAGAUGGUUGUUCACAAUCUGCAAAAGACGGACUUUUGCUUGGAACAACAACGCAAAAUGAUUCUGGCAAUUCAAACAAUGAGCCUAUUUGUAAGUCGUUUUUUUGUUUUAAAGUACAGUAUUUCCUAUAAAUAAAGCCCCACGGGGCUUCUCAACUAUCCUCCAAAGUGGGGUUCUAUUUUAGGGUGGGUCUCUAAAGCAUGGGGCUUUAUUUGUCAACUACCGUAUUCUUUUUUAAAUUUUCCAAUUUCCGCGGUAAAAAAUAUCCGCAAAAAUUCCAGCGCACACAGAGCACUUCAAUAUCUACAAAUUCGGAUAUCCGAGGAUUUCCCAGGAUCCGCCAGCCUUACUUUACUUAUCUUUAAGCUUUCUUUAGCUAGUUAUUUUCUUAUUUUCUUGUCACUUUAUUUUUUAUUAACCCCUCUGGCUUAUUUUCAACU